AUGGCUUGGCGGUGCUCGUCCGAAUCCCCAGUAUGCGACAGUUUUCCUCAGUAUGAAGACUGUCAGGCUGAGAAGUCCAUGUUUGGGGUCAAUGCCAAUGGAUUCAGCGGUUCUGGGUCUAGCCUUCUCACCGAUUAUGCGAUAUCCAACCCGACCUUCUGCUCGAUGUGGCGAUCAGUCGGGUUUCUGUUGUCCCUCGCCGUUGUCCUGGAAGGAAUGACCUUCGUGGCAUUUGUAGUAAUACUAGCUGGAGGAAAGCAGCUGAGAGAAACUGGGUGGAAGCUAUUGACCGUGUUUCUGGUUCUGAUUGGCCUUGUGCAGGCUGGCGGCAUGGGCCUGGUGACAGCUGCUGACAUGAGUGGACAGUCAUAUCUAUUUGACAACGACGACCGCUUCUACCCUGGAUGGAAGCUCGACGACUCGUGGAUCUUAUGUACUGUAAGCAUGUGCCUGAUUCUAGUCAACGCGGCGGCGAUGUACAUGGUAGCUCGAGUGCUUCCGAACGAAGGUGGCUACGAGUUGAUAGCCGACCACGACUAG